UUCUAAUAGGUAGAUCCGAGGUGAAGCUCGGCCUUUUCUCACUUUCAUCUUGCGCCAAAGAAUCAGGAUGCUCGUUCGUUCACUUCAAGGGCCCCGGCCGCCAUGCUUAAUUUUGCAAGUAUUAAACUAAUACACUCAAAAUCGUCAAAUGUUCCCACCUUUCUCCCAUCUUGGGUUGGGAUGUAGUCUUUAUACAUUUCAGCGUCGUUAAUAAAUCUUUUAAUUUGUAAUUUAUUGAUAGGCAGAACGUAAACUUUUGAGUUACAGAGACUUUGUAUCAAGUCAAGGAAGAUGGACAUUUUGUUUAGUACAACAGGUUACCGUGCGAAUAAUUAAUAAAUUACAUUUUAGAAACCCUUGAACGACGAGAAAUUUAUUUUGUGAACUUUAAUUUUCAUAUCAGUUCAAGACCAAUAAGUAUCACCUAAUUUGCAAAACCGAAAAGAUAUGUUGACUCCUGAUGUUUCAUCCGACUGGGAUAUCGAUGCUCACCGCACCUACUAUGAGCCUACGGAACACUGGGACCUCCGUCGCUGCUUCAUGGAGAAGCAUCGUCAUUGGAUUCCAGAAGAUGAACUGGUGUGUCUUGCACAAGUUUUUGUCAACGUAGAACUGCUACAUUGUCGGUACCCUCCGGCAACGAUGGAACGUUUGGCGCAGCUGUCUGCUGGCAUCGCCGAUGAGUACAGAGCUUCACGGAACAAUUGUCUGCGGCGAACGUUCGUAUCAGCUUCCGACGCGGCACAUUCGAAAGUGCACAAUACUAUCGGUCCGAAAGUUGUUGCUCGGCAUAGCGUUGAACCCUCUUUCCAAAAUUCUGAAUCUCGUACGAUAUCGUUACAAAAGAAUGAGGAUCCACCGCAGACUUCGGUUCUUGUACGAACGCCUACGUUCAAACCCGUUGUGCCAAUCAGAAGCAUCGACGAUGUUUAUAACAAUAUCAUUCUACUUGAUAACGAUCCGAAUGCAACGAUAGCUGCUUUCAAUAGCCUAGGAUGUGAGCAGCAGAUGACAAUUCUCAAUAUGCAAAAUUCUGCCGGUCAGAAUGUGGUGAAAUUGCAAGUUGGUGAUUACGUGCUGGUCGAAAGUACGUUUGGCGCACUGGAACCAGUUGAGUUGCGCUCCAGGCAGAUAAUCUGCGAGGAAUUGAGUAAACAUUGUUUCAAACUUAUACGUAUUAAAUUCAUCUCCGAUUUAAACGGUGAAAUAAAACGCCACAAAGUAAGUGCAAUCAGUAACAGUAUCGUAAGAAGACACGCAAAGGCGAACAGUGCACCUUCAUCGUCAGUUAAUUUAGAAGAUUCAACAAAGCUUGGCGAAGACAAUCUAGGCUUCCAGCUGCUUCGACGACUUGGUUGGGAGGGCGGACCUCUGGGUCAAAACGGUAGGGGGAUUAUAGAUCCUAUCGGCUGUUACAUUAAGGUCGCGCGGUUUAGUCAGGAAAAGAAAACGGACCGCAGGCAUGAUGACUACUAUAUCGAUGUUGAGUUUUACCGAGAUACGUUGCGAAAUUUCCGAAAGAACGGUGUAGAGUACGAUUUGGUGUUCAGCAAAGAAUUUACCAAGCGUGAACGUCGAUUAUUAUCCGACAUGGCGAAAGAGGAGCAUUUAAAGACACUUACGGUCAGCCAGUCAAAAAGACAAACGAAUCUAAUCGUGCUUGGAAAGGAGCUAGCGCCUCAUGAACUUCUUGAACGUAUCAUUAUUGAUAAGGAUCCAAUUUUUUGCAAUCUUUACCAUGUGGAAUAUCCGCAGGUGGAAAAAACAGAGAGUUCACCAGAACCAAACAAGCACAGCAUCGAAAUCCUGCCUGCAUCAUUUACUUCAAUUUGCGAGAAAAUAGCGGAGCCGCCAUCGGAUUUCGAACCACGUACUUGUGAUUUUAGGCCACUGCCGGAGAUCAAAUCUAUCUCGGAUAUUUACCACAGUAUUGUGUUGAUAGGAUCUAAUUUCAAACAUACACAGCACUUUUUUGGGCAACUGAAUUGCGGGCAGCUAGAACUGAGCACCACAGUAGGAGUGCAUGACAUGUUUACAGGUCAAAUUCAAUUCGGCGAGCACAUAAUUGCCAGAGUCAGCGCAAAUAGCAAAAAAGCGGCCGAGGUGGGUGUUAUGCGAUAUUUUAUGAGACAGUUAAGAGCCUGGUGCUACCGUAUUAAGAAAAAUCCCAUAACUCGCAGAAAUAGUAAACUUAGUAAAGCUUGCCGAACGAUUCACAAGCAAGACAACAACAACAGACCGCUUCGGGCAAAAAAGUACGUCACUAGGGAUCUGGACAAGUCAAAAGCGUUCGAUUAUACACAUUAUUGUAAUAUGAUUAAAACGUUGCACGACACAGGAUGCCAAUAUGACCUCGUUUUUUGUCCCGAGUUUACACAUAUUGAGCUUAGCAUCUUCCGGGGUUUUGCCGAUCAGAAUAAUAUAAAAUCAUGCAUGUUGGGAAAAAAUAAAAAAGAUGCACAACAUUUGGUUGUUUUUGGGCGCCCUCUGUUAGCUAUGGGGAUAUUGCAACAUAUUCUGGUCCAAAAAGAUCCCAUUUUCAGCGAAGCUUUUAUUGUACAACAUCCCAACAAAACAGUCAUAUGCGAAGGAACGGACUCAGAAUCUGAUUAGUUUUUUUUGUACAGAGUAAUAAAAAUAUUAAAAACGGAUACUUGAAGUGAAAUUAUUUAAAAUGGAUUAAAGUAAUAAAUAAUUCAACAUAAAGUUGGAUCCAUGCGG